AUGGCCAUUCGUACAAACCAAACGGUUGCUAACCUGCAUCGCAUUUAUGCGCUCCAUUGGUACCUCACUUCACCAGGUGUUAUCCGUGCCGGUUCUCGAGUUAUCCAAAAUGUCCGCAAGACUGGCAAGGACGCCGCUGGUCAGCAGUGGCUGAACGACGACGGUGUUCUGACUCUUGCCAGCAACCCGAAGUUCGUCAUUGCAAUCGAUGGCGAUGCCACUCGCGACGGAACCCGCAUCACUAUCCAAGAAAAGAAGGCAUAUAACGAGAAGCAGAAAUGGCACUAUCCCACCGGAGGUGACAGCCGCCAGGUCUCGCCCUCGCCCUCAAGGGCAGAGUCCAUUUCUAUUCGCCCCGACAACUUCCCCCAAAGCUGGUUCUAUAUCAAAUCAGCUGCCUCAGGUCUAGUCGUCGAUAUCGAGCACGGUUAUUUCACAGAUCCAAUGAAGGCCGGUGCCCGUGCUGAGAUGAACCACCAGAAGAUCGACAAUGGCGAUGGCCGCCAUACCCUCCUGGAGCUCCAGCUCUGGCGCUAUGAGGCUGGUUUCCUAAUCAAUCGCCGCACUGGCUUUGUCCUCGAUAUCCAGGGUGUUUUACCAUGGCUAAGAUGGAAGUGA